GUUUAAUGAUAUUUCGCGUACGGGGUUACUGAUAGCAGGCGGUCGAUCAACUUCAAUAAACAUCUUUGUUUAGUAGUAUCUACUUGGUAUUUCUCGCAGUUUAAUUAUGCAAAUUAUAUGAAAAUCAUUUAGCUUGUAUCUCUGGGAAAGCCAGGAUUUGUGGCACUUGGCAGUGCGAUGUUGUCGUCGAUCGGUCAAAUUUCCCGCUGGUUCCGAUGUUUUUCCGCUUCUACGAACCCCACAGCUUAAGACAUGGAUCGCCCUCUCAAACAAUACAUUGUAGAGAAUUGUAUAAUGCCUGUGUAAAUAUUCAAAGGUUGCGUGUCUUAGCGUAUGUUUUUGGGAGAAGUGAAAAUUAUCCAUCUAGAAUCUGUAAGAUCCGUUAUCAGGGCUUGUCAUUAAAUUUGCCGGCCGAUGACAGUCCAAGUCUUAUCAUAACACGCGGGUCAAAUGGAAUUUCUAACUUGUUUCCUGAACAAAAGACCUCCGCGUAAGGGGAGGGAAUGCUCUGUUUUAUAUCUACCGGCGUGACUAUGAACAAACCGAGUAAGCGGAGAAAAAGGUACAAUUACUCGUACAACGCCUUGGCGAGUCUGUAGCCGUUGUAUCUUGUUCGUGAUAUCUAGUUUCACGUGCGUACGUCAAAGUGUUAAAUUGCUGUUUACCCAACGAAACUCACGCAUGAUAGUCAUGCGAACCGUUCUAGCUGCCAUGGCUAUUUUCAACGAUGGUCAGUAAAUCUGACAUUAAAAUUUCUCUCGUUGUCUAGCCGAAAUAGCCUGAAGCUGUUGUUCUAUAAAGGCGCGAGUACUGAGCUCGCGAAGUUAGAAAUAAAAAAACCACACUGACGUUUCAGACAAAGAGUCUUCGCCGUGUCAGUAAAGGGCGAUUCUGGCCAAUCACUCGCUCCUCGUGACAAAUAAAUGCAAUCAGGCUGAACGUUCCUAAGCCCUGGAGCAAUUUUUCAGUCACAACUGUUAAAGAGCCCUUGAACCUCGAUUUGACAGCCGGACCAUAUAUAGCAGUGGUUUCCACGGAUACCCGACAGUUCCAACAGAUUAUGUCAAAGUUCAGCUUUUACAGACAUGACACAGUUGAUGUUUUUACAUAGCGAGCUACUGUUUGCCGCUUGUGUGCUCUCCCCUCUGCCGCUACACGUCUACAUAUGCCACUUAGCAGCGUGAAAAAAAGCAUUCGCGCAAAGGAUUUCUAGUCGAUCCUAAUUUACCGGGUGGUAUGGCCGUGGUCCCUGUUUCAACCUGGUGCACGGAGAAGACCGAACCGGUUGAGGAGCCGUCUGAAAAAAAUGUGCAGCAAGUAGAGUGCGCAGUUUGUGGCGACAAGUCCUCUGGAAAACAUUAUGGAGUGUUUACCUGUGAGGGAUGUAAGUCGUUUUUCAAGCGCAGCGUUCGCCGUAACCUCAGCUACACUUGUCGAGCAUCGCGGAAUUGCCCCAUUGAUCAGCAUCAUCGAAAUCAGUGUCAGUAUUGCCGGCUGCGAAAAUGCAUCAAGGUCGGCAUGAGACGCGAGGGUACGGCCGUCCAGCGAGGUCGCAUCCCUCCUACACAAGUACCUCAGCCAAGUCCGCAACACUCAGCGUUGAAUGGCGCUGAUGUUACAAACGGGCACUCGUUCCUUUCUGGAUUCAUCAGCUUGCUGCUUAGAGCCGAACCAUAUCCCACGGCGCGAUUCCAACAGGGUCUAAACAUGCCUUGUGGGAUCAUGGGCAUCGAGAACAUCUGCGAAUUGGCGGCUCGUUUGCUUUUCAGCGCUGUGGAAUGGGCAAGAAAUAUUCCCUUCUUCCCGGACUUGGCAGUCACCGAUCAAGUAGCACUUCUGCGUUUGGUUUGGAGUGAAUUGUUUGUACUAAACGCCGCCCAAUGUCCGAUGCCUCUUCAAGUUGCCCCUCUGUUGGCCACUGCUGGUAUCCAUUCGAACCACAUGUCCCCAGAUAGAAUGGUGACUUUUAUGGAUAAUGUAAGAAUCUUCCAAGAGCAGGUCGAGAAGUACCGUAAUCUCCAUGUGGAUGCAGCAGAAUUCGCGUGUCUCAAAGCUAUCGUCCUCUUUACAUCAGAUGCCUCCGGUCUGACAGAUCCGCAGUACAUCGAGAGUCUGCAGGAAAAGACACAAUGUGCAUUGGAGGAGUAUACAAGAAAUCAGUAUCCAAAUCAACCCACUCGCUUUGGAAAAUUGUUGUUGAGGUUACCAUCUUUACGAAGUAUCAACCCUUCCAUUGUCGAACAGCUUUUCUUUGUGCGUCUCGUGGGUAAAACGCCAAUUGAGACUCUGCUUAGAGAUAUGUUAUUGUCCGGAACGCCUACAAGCUGGCCUUAUCUUCCUUGUACAUAA